AUGGUGUCAUCUCGUCCUUUCGUAGCGGCUGGCCGCACAUUGGCUGGCGCAUCCAAGCAUUUGGCACGAAAGCCCACCCGCGCCGCAUUCUCUACAUCCCGUUCGGCCGCAGCAAAAAACCAGAUUUACUCUCCGAUCCGCAGCCCAAGCACAUUCCACACGCACCUCCUCCUGUCCUCGUCGGCCCGCAUGCCACUCAUCACCCUGUGGACAACGUCGUGGUGUCCUAGCUGUAAGCACGUCGAGCCGCUGCUCAGGUCGGUCGUCGAGUCGGGCGUGGGCGAGGAACAUGGCGGUGUCGGCUUUGCCCUGGUCGAGCUCGACGCCCCCGACAUGCAGCCCUCCGACCUGGGUCUGACCUACAUGAUCAACAGCGUCCCGACACUGCUCAGCUUCGACGGCGGCGAGGCCCAGACCGCCACCAAGGUCGUUGACGGGAGGAAACUCGUGAACCGCCAGUUUCUCGAGGACUGGGUGCGCAACGAGGCCGGCAGGCAGAAUGGUGGCGGAGGCGGAAGCGGGGGCAUCGGCGGAUCAGGACUAUUCGGUGGGCUUUUUGGAUCCCAGAAGUGA